UCCAAGGUUCUUAACAAUAUGUCUUCCGUUUCCCCUCCGCCUCCUUCUUCGCCUUCUCGAGGCCUCAUUCUUGGAAUUACAAUUGGUGUCACAGUUUUUUCAUUUAUUUGUUGGGUAGUUUACAAAAACAUACAAGCUACUGUGGCAUUAAAGAACCAAGACUCUCGAUUCAUUACCAUCGCCAUGGCCCAGUUCCUUGAUGACAUGGAAAGGGAAAAGCCCAUCCGGUUCACCACUCAACAACUAAGAAUAUCCACAGAUAACUUCAACCACAUAUUGGGUUCAGGCGCAUUUGGCAUAGUUUACAAGGGAGUCAUCGGCAACAACCGGCAUGUGGCCGUGAAAGUACUAAAUGGGACCUCUAACCAGCAAAUUGAGGAGCAAUUUAUGGCAGAAAUGAGCACCAUGGGAAGAACACACCACUUUAAUCUUGUUAGGCUUUAUGGAUUUUGUUUUGAAUCAAGUUUAAUAGCUCUUGUAUAUGAGUACAUGGCUAACGGCUCAUUGGAUAAUCAUUUGUUUAAAGGGAAUAAAGAGGCUAUGAUAGGGUUUGAAAAGCUUCACGAGAUUGCGGUGGGAGCAGCAAGAGGCAUCACGUACUUGCAUGAAGAAUGCGCUCAAAGAAUAGUUCACUAUGAUAUCAAACCAGGAAACAUACUCUUGGAUUCAAAUUUUUGUGCAAAAGUAGCUGAUUUCGGUUUGGCCAAACUUUGCAAUAGGGAUAACACCCAUAUAACCAUGACAAGGGGACGUGGUACCCCAGACUAUGCUGCCCCUGACCCUUUAAAUCCGUUUACACACUUAUUUUUAGAGAAUAAUGAAUCUAAUGAUUUCUACGGUCAAAUGGCACUAAAUGUCGGUGGUUCAGACUGGUCUUCGUUUGAAGUUGUAACAAGAUCUAGUGAAAUCACGGAGACACCACUUAUGAGAAGAUAUGAGAUUACAAGUGCAUCUGAAUAACCAUGUGAAACGCCAACAAAACAACAUAUUUUGUUUUGAAAAUAAGAUGCUUCUCAUGGCUAAGAUAUAUUUAAGACUGUAUAAUAGAUACUACUGUUUCAAACUACGUACUCAGCGUUAGAAAAAAAUAAUGAUAAAGUUUCAAUCAAGUUUCUUGGUAGAUUUAGAGCUUCCAUUAAAAUUACAUCUCCGUGUUAUGAGUU